AUGGGAAAUGGUACCAUUUAUUUUUUAUUUCUAAAGAUCCUUUAGCCUCCUGCACCAAAAAAUCUAAGUCUUCUCUACCUUUUAGGGAAUCUAAUCUUACUUUUAGUAGACAGUUCAAUCAAACUACCUGCUCAAUCUUAUAAGGAGAUAUAUUUGUUAGUGGAAUUAAUAUAGGUUUUAUAUUUAUAUAAUAUCAUAGUUAAUUGCUCAUAUGAACCUGCAGACUCCUUAAUUCUUAAACAGUAUUUUAUUUUAAAUGAUAUCUUAGAGAUGAGAAAAUUAAAAAAAAAUAUAGAGAUGAUAUUCGAGCAAGUAUAUUUUAUCUUCUAAAUAGUGCAUGUAGGAGAUGUUAUUUUAACAGAAAGAUAGAAUCUAUUUCUCCUUCAUGCUAAAUUACCAAUGUAUUCAGAAAUUAAAGAUUUAUAAAAAGUGUAUUCAACUUAUGAAAAAUGGUAUUGUAUCUAUAUUAUUGUUUCAAGUCUUCAAAUUGCAGAAGUGAAUCUACUAUCUGAAAUCACUUUUACUGAAUAAAAUGCCUUAAAUUUUGCUAUACCAAAAUAGUAUAAUGCAGAAUGUUUGAUCAGAUGUAUCAUUAAUCAUAUUAGUUUAAAUCCUUAAACCAACCUUAAAUAAAUUAAUUUUCUAAGUAAUGAUUAUAAAACAGUAAAUUAAAUCAUAUAUUUUCUUAGAUCAACAUAUAUAAAUUAGAAUUAGAUAAUAUCUUGGAAGAAAUGAAAGUACCUAAUUUAGCCGAGAAAAACAAAAAAACAUUUUUUGAAUUUUUAAAUUCCACUAAUUGUGAAGAAGCUCCCUAUUUUCUAAGUACUGGUCUAACAUCAAGUUUUGCUCAUUUGACUGAAAAAAGUUCACAAUGAC